AUGCCAACUCUCGACUAAGGUCUUACGACAGCUUGGACUAUUAGCAGCACAACCUUCAUGCUCCUAAUGACUAUAGGAUUUACAUUGAUAGAAUCGGCUUAAGUUAGAAAAAAGAAUAGGACUUUUGUUGCCACAAAAAACAUGCUAAUAUUUAUCGUGACUUUGAUAUGCUUUUUCAUUCUAGGCUAUGCCUUUGCUUUUGGUGACUCUAGCGUUGGUAUAAUUGGUGCUUAGGGUGAAUAUGUGGGAGUUUUUACCCCUAAUGGACUCUAUCAUGAAAGAUAAUUUCCAUUCUAUUUCGCUACAUCAUUGAUUGUCGCAAUUCUAGUCACUGGAAGCAUGAGUGAAAGAGCAAAACUUUAACCUCUUAUUGGUUAUAUUGUCUUAUUACAGACAAUAAUAUAUCCAGUGAUAAUGAGCUGGGCGUGGAAUCUCCAAGGAGGAUUCUUAAGAAACUUGGGCUACUUUGAUAGAGGUGGCUCAGUUAUUAUAUUCUAGACAGGUGCUCUUGCUGGUUUGAUAGGAACUGUAGUUAUAGGGCCUAGAUAUGGCAAAUUCAUGAAAAAGGUGGAUAUGGAAAGAAUGAAGGGAGGUGGCAAAGAACCCUCCAAAAAGCCACUCGGUACUUUGCUUGAACAUGCACUUGAAGACACAGUUGAUGUUGAUGAUUUAUUCUUGAGGAAAAUUAGAAAGCUAAUCAAAUUAGAGGAAGAGGAUUACAACUUCUAUUCUAUAAAUAAUAGCAUGAUGAUUUUGGGCACAUUUAUUACCGUUAUUGGUUGGGCUAUGCUUAAUGCAUGUGGAUAUGGGACUCAUUCCUUAAAUUCAGUUAGCGGAAGAUAUGCAGCAGAGCUGGCAUUUUUAAAUACAUUUAUUGGUGGAAGCUUUUGCUCCUUCUUCUGUUUCAUCUUCAAGAGGCAUUUCGUUAGAGGAGAUCAUUAGAAAACUCAGAGAUAUGAUAUCAAGUCACUGUGCAAUGGAUUUUUAAGUGGAGUUGCAGCUGUGAGUGCAGGCUGUGGAGUUAUGAAGCCAUGGAGUGCCCUAGUAACUGGAAGUAUCUAAGCAUUCUUAUAUAUGCUAUUCUGCUUAAUAUUCAAAAAGAUCAAGAUAGAUGACCCAAUGGAAAACUUUUAAAUAUAUGGAUCAGCAGCUAUAUGGGCAGUGCUUGCCAGUGUAUUUUUUAUUCCAAAUAGAGGUAUACUGUGGGGAGGAGUAGAUUCUGGCUCGCUGCUUGGAAUUCAGCUACUUGGUUGGGCCGCUGUAUCUGUUUGGACUCUAAUCGUCACUUGGAUUUACUUCUUCUCAUUCAAAAAAUGUCAUGCUUUAAAACUUAAGAGAGCAGAAGAAGUAAUUGGUCACGAUACAUUAAAUAUGGCGAAAUCUAAGGGCAUUGAUAUCAGUUAACUAUUAGAGGCAAUCCAAAAAAUGUAUCCAGAACAAAAGCAUAAAGGCUGCUGA